UAUAUCACUCGUUUGUGUAUGACCAUCAAUUGUCGUAGUAUAACUUAUCUCGUGAGAUAAUGAAGUGGUUUAUUGCGAUAACUGCACGAAUUGUCGUCACCAAUCGUGUCUGGUAGAAGUUCGAAGAUAUUGUAGAUUUGUAGUCGCACAGCAUCCGAUUUGUUGCAUCAGGAAUAGCAUUUCAUUGCAUGGACAUCGCACAACUUGCUUAGGUAAUCAAUUCGAAUUGACAUGACUUCCACACAAAACCGUUUCAGUUUUGAAACAUCAAAAGAUGCUGAUGAUGAAGAUGAAUACAAUCCGUUCGAAAAGCGUCAAAUUCGUAAAGCCAAUUCAUCCAUCGGGACGCUGAUUCACAUGGUGAAGGGUUCGCUUGGAACGGGUAUACUGGCAAUGCCUUUCGCCUUCAAAACGGGUGGCCUCGUGUUCGGAAUUUUGGGUACCAUGCUGGUGGCGCUCAUAUAUGCACAUUGCGUUCAUCUAUUGGUUGGUACAUCACAAAAAGCAUGCAAACGUAGCAGAAUACCCGUACUAGGGUUUGCCGAGACAGCUGAGAACGUGUUCGCCAAUGGGCCCUUCAGAUUACGUAAAUUUGCUGGAUUUGCCAAAGCUUACAUCGACUACAUGCUGCUGGUGAUCAGCUACUUCUCCGUCUGCGUAUACCUCGUGUUUAUCUCAACAACGCUCCGAGACGUGAUCAACUACGAGCUGCAAAUCGAUUGGAGCAUUCGGAUAUACAUUCUACUGACAACGUGCGUAGUUGCCUUCAUAACACAAGUUCGUGAACUAAAGUACCUGGUGCCGUUUUCCCUGCUCGCCAACUCGUCCAUCAUUGUGGUCUUCAUAAUUACGCUGUUCUACAUCUUCAAGGAACCGGUUGCAAUAUCGAACCGGAAGUUCUGGCCCGAGUUAAGCAAUCUUCCUUCGUUUUUUGGGACAGCAGUGUACGCUAUUGAAGGAAUCGGUAUUGUACUUCCGGUGGAGAACAAGAUGAAGCAACCUCAGCAUUUUCUGCAGACUUUUGGAGUUGCCAACUUCGCCAUCUGUUUCAUAACCAUUCUGUACAAUAUAGUAGGAUUCUUCGGUUAUGCUACAUACGGAGAAGGCACCAAAGGAUCCGUUACGCUGAAUUUACCAAACGAUGAACUCUUGGCCAAAUCAACGCAACUGCUAGCGGCGGUAGCCAUUCUUCUGACCCUGGGGCUCUACUACUACGUACCGAUGGAGAUCCUGUGGAAAAAGAUCGGACAUAAAAUACCCGAAAGAAGACACAACCUAGCCCAGGUUGGGAUUCGUUUGGGCAUCGUGGUUGCGAUGAUGGGCCUUGCCUUGACUGUACCGCAGUUGGAACCCUUCAUCGGUUUUGUGGGAUCGAUUGGGUCGGCAACUUUGGCCUUGUUGACUCCAAUCGUGUUGGAUACGGUAUAUCGAUGGCCUACCGGGUACGGUUGGAUGAGGUGGCGGCUACUGAAGAAUAUUUUACUUGGAGCGUUUGGAUUGUUCAUCCUGGCCGUGGGAACGUACUUCAGUUUGAUGGAUAUUGUUGCUAUUUAUGAAUGAUUGUUAUAUUCAUAAUAAAUUUGAUUGUUUUAAUACAAUUCCAAA